CUGCGACAGUAUUAAUAGAAUAUGGGAAAAAAAAAAUUUAAAUCAACAUGGAGAUGAAACUAAAUUUUCUAUUGUAUCAAAGUACAUACUUAUUGGAGUUGAGUAGUUAAUUAUACGAGAAAAUGUGUUUAAAAAAAAAAAAAAUUGAGAGAAGGGGAAUUAUACAUUGUAUGUAAAUAACUGGAGCUUCAGAUAAUGCUGACGCGUUAUCGGUCUUAAGCUCGAAACAGUAUACUUCAAUCAUGAUACUCAGUAAGUUGUGUGCGCGUCUACGAAUCACUGCCACGCCGUUUAUUCCAACUUGUUUGGAAUUACAAAAAAAUGUCACAAGAAAUAUGCAUUUCACCUAUGUUCCCGACAAGGAAUUACAAACUGACGUUGAGACCAAACGGUUAAACAUGUUUCAAGCAAUAAACGAUGCUCUGAGACUUGCUAUGGAGAAAGAUUCAACUGCAGUUAUUUUUGGUGAGGAUGUGGCAUUUGGCGGUGUAUUUCGAUGUACAAUGGAUUUGCAAAAAAAAUUUGGUACAGAUCGUGUUUUUAAUACACCAUUAUGCGAACAGGGAAUCGCUGGAUUUGGUAUUGGUUUAGCUAAUCAGGGCGCAACAGCAAUAGCAGAAAUUCAAUUCGCUGACUAUAUAUUUCCUGCAUUUGAUCAGUUGGUAAAUGAAGCGGCAAAAGUACGUUAUCGAAGUGGCGGUACAUUUGACUGUGGAAAGUUGACGGUAAGAGCGCCUUGCGGUGCUGUUGGACACGGGGCAUUAUAUCACUCGCAAAGUCCUGAAGCUUAUUUCGCCCACACUCCUGGACUCAAGGUGGUUGUUCCUCGAGGACCGAGACAAGCGAAAGGAUUACUAUUGAGCUGUAUCGAGGAACACGAUCCAUGCAUUGUAUUUGAGCCAAAAGUUCUAUAUAGAUCAGCAGUGGAAAACGUUCCUCUUGAUUUUUACAAAACACCCAUUGGCAAAGCAGAAAUCUUAAGAGAAGGCAAUGAUGUAACUUUAAUUGGAUGGGGUACUCAAGUGCAUGUUUUACAAGAAGUGGCUGAUCUAGCCCAAGAAAAACUUGAUGUUUCCUGUGAAAUUAUAGACCUUGUUUCCAUUCUCCCCUGGGACAUUGAUACCGUGUGUCAGUCAGUGAAAAAAACUGGACGCGUUAUCAUUUCUCAUGAAGCCCCAAUGACCUGUGGUUUUGGAAGUGAAAUUGCAGCAACUAUUCAAGAAAGAUGUUUUCUACACUUGGAAGCACCAGUUGGAAGAGUAACCGGGUGGGAUACUCCUUUUCCUCAUGUUUUUGAACCAUUUUAUAUACCAGAUAAGUGGCGAUGUUUCUCAUCAGUAAAGAAGAUCGUCGACUUCUAAAUAGAACUGAUCGAAGGGAAAACAUUUCCAAGAAGAGGAUUCGCAACAUUUUUUUUUCUUAAAACUAUUUGUAAAACCCGUUCAGCAAGUACAUAUAUAUAAAAAAAAUGUAUUCUCACUUAAUAGAAGUGUAAUAUUUAACGAGCGGCCGUGUAACGCCAUUCUCUCAACAUGUGUUGCGUAUAUAUGUGUAUCUCAAAAAAUCGUGAUAAAUUCCGCGAUAUCGAUUUUUCGUACUGGCAUGACUAUCACCUUCGUAUCACGUGGACGCGGACCGGUCCAGGCGAAGGUAGUUUUAUCGUGGGACGAAUGAGAGUAUCUUGGAAGUAUUUUGCGAUUGUAUAUAUAUAUAUAUAUAUAGUUAAACACAUAUACAAACAUAAAUAAACUACUUGCAAAAUCCCUUUCUCCCUGCACUUUGAGUGAAUGCGUUUCUAUUUCAAUUUGAAAAUUGAAAUUUUUUUCAUUGAAAAUAAAAAUUUAUUUUAACAAAUUAA